UCACAUUGUGUAGAUCAGUAUUAUGUACUCUGUCUAUCAAAUAAAAAAAGUUUUGUACGAAAUUAAGUUUCAGUAUUAUUAAUAAUUAAUAUAAAACAUGUUUGUAUGUAACACUGAAGUAUGAUUCUACACAGAAUCAUAACAGUUCUUAUCUCAUUUCUUACUCUAACUAUAGCGGAAAGUGAGCCGUACCUUAAGGACCCUUACCGCCCACUAAGUCCACUCGUUAAAUGUAGUUUUUUGCCUAUAGAAUUUCUAGAUUGUGAUGAGCCUGUAGAUCACAAAGGUAACGAAACUGCAAAGAAGGCAGUAAAGCAUGGCUGUGUAAAAUUCGGAGGUGUUAGAUAUGAAGACGUGGAGAAAACAAAGGUGCAAUGUAAAGCACUAGAUGGAAUUGAGUGCUAUGGAAGCAGGAGUUUUCUUAGGGAUGGAUUUCCUUGUAUACGAUAUUCAGGACAUUACUUCACAACAACCUUAAUUUACAGUAUAUUAUUAGGAUUUCUUGGAAUGGACAGAUUUUGUUUGGGUCAAACAGGUACAGCUGUAGGCAAGCUUUUAACAUUGGGUGGACUUGGUAUUUGGUGGAUUGUAGAUGUUGUAUUAUUAAUAACUAAUAAUCUGCAUCCAGAGGAUGGUAGUAACUGGAACCCAUAUGUUUAAAAUUAUAUUAUACCUACCUACCUACCUACUACCUUAGAUAUAAGUAUAAUAAACAAUAAAUCUCUUGUUAAUAAGAUUUACUCAGAUGACUUCAAUAAAUAAUUUUACAAUUUG